CCAGCCUGUCUCGACCGUACACCCGAGGAGUCUGUCCGUUGACUCGCUUGACUAUCUGGUCGCGCAGAUUCCGAUAAGUCACAAUUGCCUCGCUUGGUCGGUUCUGCCCGAGGCACGCCAAGAGUCCAUGGCAGACUUCGAGGAAGCUAUCAGAGUAGGACGAGAAGCUAUCGAUGCUACCACACUCGAUCAUCCAGACCGGCCUGGACGGCUAAACAACCUUGGAAUUCGUCUACGCGACAGGUACUUACGAACUGGAGCGAUGGCCGACCUCGAGGAAGCAAUCCGAGUAGGACGAGAAGCCAUUGAUUCCGCCCCGUCAGAUCAUCCAGACCGGGCUAUGCUCACGAAUAAUCUCGGAACUUAUCUAGGAAACAGGUACUCACGGACUGGAGCGAUGGCAGACCUUGAGGAAGCAAUCCGAACAGGACAAGAAAUUAUCGAUACCACGCCGCCAAAUCAUCCAAGCCGGGCUAUGUUCUUAAAUAACCUUGGAAAUCGUCUAGGACACAGGUACUCACGGACUGGAGAGAUGACGGACCUCGAGGAGGCGAUCCGCGUGACACGUGAAGCCAUCGACACCGCCCCGUCGGACCAUCCGAACCAGGCUGGAUGGCUAAACAACCUCGGAACUCAUCUAGCCAACAAAUACUCACGGGCUGGAGCGAUGUCAGACCUCGAGGAAGCAAUCCGAGUCGGGCGAGCAGCCAUCGAUGCUACUGCGCGAGGUCAUCCAGACCGGGCUGGACGGCUGAACAACCUCGGAACUCAUCUAGGCAAUAGAUACUUACGAACUGGAGCGAUGGCGGACCUUGAGGAAGCCAUUCGGGCGAUACGGGAAGCCAUCGAUACUACCCCGUCAGACCAUCCAAGCCGGGCUAUGUUCCUGAGCAGCCUCGGAGGCCGCCUAAGCGAGAGAUACUCACGGACUAAAGCGAUGACAGACCUUGAGGAAGCCAUUCGCGUGAUACGAGAAGCCAUCGAUACCACCCCUCUUGAUCAUCCGGGCCGGCCUAUGUUCUUAUAUAACCUUGGAAAUCGUCUAGGAAACAGAUACUCACGGACUAGAGGGAUGACAGACAUCGAGGAAGCUGUCCGAGUAGGACGAGAAGCCAUCGAUGCCACCCCGUCAAAUCAUCCAGACUGGGCCAUGUUCUUAAACAGCCUUGGACAUCAUCUAGGCAAUAGAUACUCAGGGACUGGAGAGAUGGCAGACCUCGAGGAAGCCAUUCGAGUAGGACGAGAAGCUAUCAAUGCAACACCGCUAGAUCAUCCAAGCCGAGCUUUGUACUUGAACAGUCUCGGACUGCAUCUAGGAAACAGAUACUCACAGACUGGAGAGAUGGCAGACAUCGAGGAAGCUGUCCGAGUAGGACGAGAAGCCAUCGAUGCCAUCCCGUCAGAUCAUCUGGACGGGGCUAUGCUUGCGAACAACCUCGGAGCUCAUCUAAGCAACCGAUACUCGCGGAUGGGAGCCAUGGCUGACCUCGAGGACGCCAAGGAAUGCUUCGUCGCUGCUUUGCAUCAAUCCGCCUCCGCGGUGAGCUUGCAUGUCGCAGCUGGACGUCGUCUUCUGUCAUCCUCAGGCAUACUUCAAGAUCGACACGCAUACGCCAUCGCCAAAACAACAAUCAACUUGAUUCCCUUACUGACGCCCCGUUCUCUGCAGAACUCAGACAAGACGCACCUCCUCUCCGCCGUUGUCGGACUGUCGUCGGAUGCGGCAGCCAUUGCUCUUCAUGCCAACAGAGGCCCUGCUGCUGCUAUCGAACUGCUUGAGACUGGUCGUGGUGUCAUAGCGGGAGCUCUCUUCGAGCAAUCCGACCUUGCCGCUCUCGAACGCGCGCAUCCGGACCUGGCGCGUUCCUUUAUCGACCUGCGAGAUCAACUAGACGCGCCGCUGCCGGCGGACUCCCUCGCUACAGCCGAGCACCCCACUGCGGCCGCAGAGACGGAAGGCGACUGGCGCCGCGACGCUGGACCCCGGCUUGCCCGUCUCCUUGAAACAAUCCGGUCCAAGUCCAGAUUUGAGCGAUUCCUGCUCUCCGCGUCGGAAGUCGAUAUUCUAGAGGCUGCACGGCCCGGCCCAAUUGUCGUCCUGAAUGUGAGCUCGUAUCGCUGCGAUGCCUUGCUCGUUGAGCAGUCCGGCGUCCGAUUGCUAAAGCUGCCAAACCUCUCGCGAGAGGCGCUCAACGACCAUGCCCGGGAACUUAGAACUCUUGACACGCUUGGGUGGCUCUGGGAUGCCAUCGUCUGUCCCAUUCUUAAUGCUCUAGGCUUUGCUGGACCUCCUUCGGACAGUCAGUGGCCGCACGUGUGGUGGGUCCCCACCGGCCCACUGACCCGGUUUCCACUCCAUGCAGCGGGACACCAUCUAAGGCGCACCGGCGAGACGGCGGUCGACAGAGUCGUCUCAUCGUACGCCUCGUCCGUCAAGGCGAUCAUACAUAGUCGGCGACGGCCACAGCAAGCGCUUGCAGCCGGAGAGACCCGAAACGCCGUUGUCGUUGCCAUGCCGAAAACGCCAAAACAGGCACCGCUGAAACAUGCGAGCGACGAGGUCGAUGCGGUAGUAGCUGUUUGCGAGUCGAUGGGAUUGCCGCACGACCGGCCUCGACCGCACAAGACCGACGUCUCGUCGGCCUUAGAGGCCUGCAGGAUGUUCCACUUUGCUGGCCACGGCAGCACGCAUCCCGAAGAACCGCUACAGAGCCAGCUGCUCCUCGACGAUUGGGAUCGGGAGCCAUUCACGGUGGCGAGUCUCCUAGAGACCAACCUUACCUCGAAUCCGCCAUUCCUCGCCUACCUCUCGGCAUGCGGGACUGGUCAGAUCCUGCAUGAGGGGUCUGUUGACGAAAGCAUCCAUCUUGCUAAUGCUUGCCAGCUGGCGGGAUUCCGUCACGUGGUGGGCACGCUUUGGAGCGUCGAUAACGAGUUAUGUGUGGAUAUGGCGAGAAUGACAUAUAAGGUCCUCCGGGAUGAGGGGAUAAAGGAUGAAACCGUAAGCCGGGGGCUUCACUGGGCGAUGAGGACGCUCCGAGACCAUUGGGUGGACGGCGAGGAUGCCGGGCGCGGAAAGUCAUACCUGUCGAAAGCGGAAAGGGACGCCGAAUUGAGACCCGGGUCGGAGGCGAGGCGGCCGCUCUGGGUUCCUUAUGUUCACUUUGGCGUUUGA